UCUAGGGAAAUAAGUGAAAACGCACGAGCACGAGCGCGAGUGUUGUGAGAGGGUAGUGAGGACGCACGAGAAGCAAGAGGGGUGCGACGAACCCUCUAGGCUUGGUUCGAGUCUACGGAGCUCGGAGUUGUGUUCGAAUCAUGGCGACACCCGACCCCGUAGACCCAGCCACCCUAGAGAUAAAGACCCGUAGCAUAGAACAGACACUACACCCACUAGUAAAGCAGAUUUCCACGUUAGUGUCGCACAGAGAACGUCCGCUAUGUUCGGACAGAAGUCUCCGUGCGGUUGCCAGAGUCGGGCAAGCCGUGAACCUGGCAGUAGAGAGGUUCGUCACCGUUGGCGAAACUAUCGCCGAUGGGAAUCCAGAGAUCAGGGAAGACAUGUACCAGGCGUGCAAGAGGGCAAGAGAUGCUGGCUCGGCGAUCGAGAAAUUGUGCGAAUGCGCCACCGAGGACAGCCUAGCUGACCGAGGUUCUGUCGUGAGGGCCGCGAGAUGCCUUCUUGGUUCUGUCACCAAGGUUCUUCUUUUGGCUGACAUCGUCGUGGUGAAGCAACUUCUUCUCGCAAAGAAGAAGGUGGCUCGUAGUCUUGGCCGUCUCGAAAGCGUUUCCAACUUUACCGAAUUUGUGAAAGCGUUUAGCCAGUUUGGAGCCGAAAUGGUGGAAUUGGCACACCUGACGGGCGAUCGCCAGAAUGACUUGAAAGACGAGAGACGAAGAGCGCAGAUGGCCGCGGCUCGCCAAGUUUUAGAGAGGAGCACUAUGAUGCUACUCACGUCUAGUAAAACUUGCUUAAGGCAUCCGGAAUGUCCAUCUGCCAGAGAAAACAGAGACACGGUUUUCUGCCAGAUGCGAAGGGCCAUGGAUCUGAUACACUACGUGGUCAAAGACGGAGUGUUGGAUUGCAGCGAAUCGCAGUCUUACUCCAAUUCUCAGAGUCCGCAGCAGGAGGAUUGGGACAGCAGCACGGCAUUCUCCGCGUUGAAACACUUCGAGAGACUGGUCGAAACCACAAGAAUGACUCUUCUUGGACCAGGUUGUCGAGAGACCCUCACCGCCGCGUUGGAUACCGUCAUUGAAAGAACGCAAGAUUUCACUGACAGCGCAUACACGAGCCACGAGCACAGAGAGAACAUUCUCUUGCUCUGCGAUCGAGCACAACUCGAGCUCAACACGCUCCUGCGAAUUGGCAACAGUAUGAAUUACGAAGGUGGCGGUGGUUCUCCAAGUUCUGAAAUGGAACAAGCUGUGCUGGGAGUGUUACGUACCACCAGGGAUCUUCGCCAACAGCUGUGCACGACCACAAUGGAGCAAGCGGCUGAUCUUGGACAGGUAACUAAAGCGGGUCAGGAACUUGUGUCAACGAUCAGGAACGUCGCUCUGGCCAAUGACAGAUAUCUUCUUCAAGAGAGCAACGAAAAAUUUCGCGAAUACAUUGAACACAUUCUCGAGGUGUGCAAAAUGUUGAGACACGUUGCGCUCUCGGAAUCGUUGCAAGUUUCGGCCAAGUUUACCGAAAUUAAUCUGAGAAUAUACGGCCCGCAAGUGGUGACAGCGGCAUACACAUUAGCCAGACAUCCCACCAGUAAAAUCGCCAAGGAAAACCUAGAAGUGUUUGCCGACAUGUGGCAGUGGCUUAUGACUGACGUAACCACCGUGGCAAAAGAUGUGCUCGAAUUGAACCAAAACCGACCAGAAAAACAAGUUUACAUGUCCUUGCCACGACCUGGAAAACACGGCACAACGAGCAAACCGUUGAAACCGGUAAAAUUGGACAGCGAGGAGCAGGCCAAGAUCGCGAAAGCGGGCCUGGAGAUGAAGCUCAUCACUUCGGAGAUGGACGCGGAAACGGAGAAGUGGCAGGAGAGCGGAAGCGCCCUAGAGGAAAACAAUGACAUUGUGAAACGCGCUAAGAACAUGUCCUCGAUGGCGUUUUCCAUGUACCAAUUCACCAGGGGUGAAGGCGCAUUGAAAACCACCCAAGAUCUGUUCACCCAAGCUGAGUAUUUCGCCGAGGAGGCCAAUAGAUUGUACAAGGUUGUGAGACAAUUCAGCUAUCAGGUACCAGGGGGUCCGCACAAGAAAGAUCUCUUGGAAAAUCUCGACCGUGUGCCAACGUACGUGCAACAACUUCAAUUCACCGUGAAGAAUCCGACCGUCGGGAAAGCCGCCACUUUCACCAAGGUCGAUAACGUGAUACAAGAGACGAAAAAUUUAAUGAACGUGAUUUCAAAAGUGGUCACCACGUGUUUCGUCUGCGCCACAAAGUACAACCUGGAUUUCCGAGGUCUGUCGGCGCGUGGGGCCGGCGGCUCGCCGUACAGGGGCGGAGAUGGUGCAGGCGCCGACGGCGACGGUGGCGGUGCUGGUGUCGACGGCAGUAAGACGGGCUCCGCCCCCGGCAGCGACCCGUCCGUCUGACAGUUUGGGAUGGCCCGACGGGCCAAGGGGGACGCUCGCCGCACUCGGGUUUCUUUUCUACUUUUCUAGGAAGAACCCUCGCCUGCCCCAGCGAAACGUACACGUCGAGCACGCCAGCACGUCUUUUUUGCAUUUCUCUCCGACAGACUGCAAUCAGUUCGCAUUUUUCUCCCUCGAAUCUUGCCAAUUACUCCCCGUUCAUUCGCUCGUCGAGACUCUUUACUUUUUACUUACUUGCAAAUUCAUUUCGCCUAUUACCUACUUACCUCUACGUGCGUACUUACUUUUUAUUUAUUUAUUUAUUUAUUUAUUAAAAAAACUCUCGAGAGAGAGAGUCUGCCGAAUUUGGUAAAUUCUGUUGCAAAUUCCAAAAUGUGUUGGAAGAAUUACGUUCUAUUAGCCACAACGAAGAACGUCGAUUUAAAGUUGAAGCGAAAAUUGCAACAGCGAAAUGUUUUGAAACUAACGCUUCUCCGAUCCGCGCCUCGUCAUUUCCUCGAGCUACCAAUUUAGCUCGCUUACAAAUUUUCACUAACAAAUGAAAAAGAUUCAAUGCGACUGUACCGGUGUUACAGGGUGAAUCGAAAAUGGUUCUCUGAUUAACCAAACAAUCAUCCUAGACGAUAAGCACGACGAAAGUUUGGAAACGCGUUUGCUCGCUAAAUAGAACAUCUCGAUCGUCGAUCAUCGACGUGUACGUUUCUUCAUCGUAAUUUGCUUCGAGCCAUAUCUAUGCCAGCGAUUAGCCGUGGCUAACACACAACUACACACACAAGUAAUUUCUGCGUUGCUCAAUAUAGAAAAUUAAACGAUCUCUCGAUCCGAGAAUCGAUUUCGCGUUGCCUCGUGUGAUUGCCAUGCAAAGUGCAUGACAGCCAACCAAGAACCGUGAGAAUCGUGAGAAUCGUGAGAAAUCUAGGCACGCUUUUGCACAAAACGAACCGAAACGCAUGUGUCGAACCGUGCAAAGAAUCGUUCAAACACGAAUUCACCUUAACUCGCGUUCGUCUUUUUUAAAAUUCAAGUCAAUUUUAAAACGAUGUACGAAUCAAAAUCCGAACACGCAUCUCCUAGAGAAAGCAACGGUUAUAGACUUGGAUUUACUUUCCAAAGUUUUCGUGUAAUCGUCGUAGAUGGAACGAUCGUCAAAUUGACGCGUAUGUACGUUCGAUCCGUCGAACCUGCGCAGUGUCGAAUCUCGACGACACGCAGAAUGAACGAACAAUCUUUUCGCGCGUCUCUUCAACUCUCUCUUUCUUUCUCUCUAUGGGGAAUCCUCAUCGUGCGGUGGAUUUUGAAUAUCCUGCGAUCCGUGUAUGAACAAAGCGAACGAGAAAACGUCGUGUCAACACCGCACGAUGAAAUUCAACCAAUUGACAGUGGCAAUAACGCAGCCAUAUCAGAAAAAAAAAAAAAAACUAACAAACAUCCGACGAACGUACGGAAAACAAAGUUGGAAAGACAAUUGACACCCGUGGCAACAAAUGUCGCUUCUCACGCUGCUUUCGUUUGAAAAAUCCCUUCAUCGGGAAAAACAACGUAGCGCCAGCUUAGGCGUGAAAGAUCUUGGUCGCGUUAGAUAGGUAUAUUUUGCGGCUGCUGCUUUGAAUAUUCGCUGAUACACCUGCGUAAUUUGACGCGAACGAUACACGUGUAAUUCGAGUGACGGCGGAACAAAAAUUUCGGCGCAGCACGUUUCGUCGUUAACGAACCGUUGAGCCCUCUUGCUGCUGCACUGACUUUAAUCGUCCCCUUUGCCUCUUCGUUGUUCGAAAACAUCCGGACGAUGCCACGUACAAAAUAAAUAAAUUUGAAAAAAGAAAGAAACUCGUUCUUCCAUGUAGAAAAGUUGGUGCAACGACAAUAAACUCGAUCAAAUGCCUUUUGCUGAACAUUCGCUCGCGCGCCUCACACCGAAUUUUCCAAUUUUCCAAUUUUAUCUUUGCGCGUUACCUUCUUUGUCGUUAACGCAACGUGCUGCACGAGACGUAACGCGUAAUGCUUCACGCUCCAGCGACGAACGGGCGGACAGUCUCGUUUGAAUUGUCACACGCGUGACAAAGUGUGUGGAGAUUGAAAUGCUUUGGAUUUUCAAAUUGUUUCAAAUCGUAGCGCCAGAAAGCUGAGAGGAAAGGAAGGAGGAAAACUGUAAAAUAUUUUCUACCAAGUAGGCUCCACAAAUGUACUGACAGUUGUAGCAAUCACCGAUCUGACAAUCCGAUCGUAAUUCUAAAGUAUAAUUUCAGAUCGCGUAGGAAAUCAAGUUCACAGACAAAAACUUUUAGGAUGGUUUAGAAAGACACGGGAUAAAGAGAAAAUCCAGGAUAAAAUCAAAUUCCACGAAACGGAAACAGCGAAAAACGAAGACUGUUCGUCUUCACGAGCGAAGACUUUUGCUUUCCGCCCUCUCGAAUACCGCAUCGCGUAACGUGUAUGUAGCUUCUCUCUCUCUCUCUCUCUCUCUCUCUCUCUCUCUCUCUCUCUCUC